AUGACAAUAUCGCUUUGCGGUUCCAACACGGAGGAGGUGACGGUGGAGAUUCUCGGCUCCAACGGGGCUUUCGACAAGGGAUUUAUCAAAGACGUUCAUGAAGGCUCCCUCACAAACAACUGGCAACCGGAACGCCAGGUUCCAUUUAAUGAAGUUAGAUUACCACAACCACCUGAUAUAAAUAAAUAAAUUAGUGAAGGAGAUGAAGUACAGGUGUAUUCAAGAGCAAAUGAUCAAGAACCAUGCGGAUGGUGGUUGGCUAAACUUCGAAUGAUGAAAGGAGAAUUUUAUGGCAUUGAAUAUGCUGCUUGUGAUGCCACUUACAAUGAAAUGGUCCCAUUGGAAUGACUUCGGCCUGUCAAUCAAAAUAAAACUGCCAAAAAAAAUACCUUCUUUAAAUGCACAGUGGAUGUUCCUGAGGAUUUGAGAGAGACGUGUGCUAGUGAAAAUGCACAUAAAGGUUUUAAGAAAGCAGCAGGAGCAGGCAGAAUUUUUUACCAUCCAGAAACCACACAGCUAAUGAUACUGUCUGCCAGUGAAGCAACCGUGAAGAGGGUAAACAUUCUGAGUGACGUGCAUUUGCGAGGUAUUCGUACGAAGUUGAUGCUUAUGUCCAGAAAUGAAGAGGCCACUAAGCAUUUAGAAUGCACAAAACAACUUGCAGCAGCUUUUCAUGCGGAAUUUGUUGUGAGAGGACGUUGGAUGGGCCUGCCAACAGGAACACACAGCAGUAACAUACAGCAAGCUAGAAAGGUUCCUGGAGUUACAGCUAUUGAGCUAGAUGAAGAUACUGGAACAUUUAAAAUCUAUGGAGAGAGUGCUGAUGCUGUAAAAAGGGCUAGAGGUGUUUUGGAAUUUGUGGAAGAUUUUAUUCAGGUUCCUAGGAAUCUUGUUGCAGCGUCAAGGAUGGAGUUGCUCCUUGAGCUUCACUGUGCUAACAUGAAGCCUCCCGGCGGGUCCCGACCAAAAAAGUACCCACGUCCGCCCGUGCGCUCCCCGGGCCGCGCUUCCCCGCGCGCUGCGCUGCGAGGCGUUCCCCCGGCGCGCCGGGCGGCCGCUCCUACCUCGGCCCUUUGUCCUCGCGCCGCCGCGGCCCCGCUCCGGUGCGCUCGCCGCCGUCGGAGGGCCGGCCCAGCCGCCCGCGCGCUCACUCCCCCAGCUCCCGGGCUCGGCCGGCCGGGGGGCGCGCGGCAAAGCCCGGAUCUGAGGAGCGCGGAGCGCGGCCCGCGCCCGGGACUGACCCCUGACCCCGGCCGCCCCCUGGAGUCCGCUUCUCCGGGUCUUCCGGCCGACCGCGGAGAAGGUCCGGCGGUGGGCUCGGCCGACCCGGGACCCCGCUGA